AACAACAGAAUAGAAUAAAUAAGUGUGGAAUGCAAAACAAUAAUAAUAAUAAGAUUAAGAUAUAAACAAACAGCUGUUUCCCUUCUUUUUCAAAGCAACACAACUACUAUACUCACCACCAUCCAUGGCUAUGGAUUUUAGCUCCAUCCCCAUAAUUGAUAUUAGUCCCCUUUUAGCCAAGUCAGAUGAUCCAAAAAUGGCUGAUGACCCUGCUGUACUUGAUGUUGUUACACAGUUGGAUAAGGCUUGUACUCAGGCAGGCUUCUUUUAUGUGAAAGGCCAUGGUAUUCCUGAUACUCUUCUCAAAGGAGUUAGAGAUAUAACUCGUAGAUUCUUCGAACUUCCAUAUGAAGAAAAAGCAAAGAUCAAAAUGACUCCGGCUACUGGUUUCAGAGGAUACGAGAAGAUCGGAGAAAAUAUAACUCAAGGUGCACCUGAUAUGCAUGAAGCUAUUGAUUGUUAUAGGGAAGUGACUAAGGGUAUGUAUGGAGAUCUUGGCAAAGUUAUGGAAGGAUACAACCACUGGCCACAAAAUCCUCCAAAGUUCAGAGUUCUUAUGGAGGAAUAUAUAAGUCUUUGCAAAGAUCUUGCAAAGAAAAUAAUGCGCGGAAUUGCUUUAGCAUUAGGUGGAUCACCAUAUGAAUUUGAAGGUGAUAGAGCCGGUGAUCCAUUUUGGGUUAUGCGUAUAAUCGGCUACCCUGGUUUAUCCAGUGUAAAUGACAUUGGAUGUGGAGCUCACACAGAUUAUGGUUUGUUGACAUUGUUGAACCAGGAUGAUGGUAUAAAUGCACUUCAGGUAAAAAACCUAUCUGGCGAAUGGAUAUCCGCACCUCCAGUUCCGGGGACAUUUGUGUGCAACAUUGGUGACAUGCUUAAGAUAUACUCCAACGGAUUGUAUGAGUCAACUUUGCAUCGUGUGAUAAACAACUCUUCAAAAUAUAGAGUCAGCGUAGUAUAUUUUUACGAGACAAACUUUGAUACUGUGGUAGAGCCGUUGGAUACAUAUAAAACAAGGACAAAAGGUGACAAGAAGUUUGAAAGAGCCGUCUACGGAGAGCAUCUAGUCAAGAAGGUCCUCACAAAUUUUGUGGAGGAGUGACUUUGUUUUUCUCUUUGUAGUGAAUAAUAAUAAGUUAAGCAUCUUGCUUACAUUCCAAAAUUACUAAGAAUAAUGUAAAGUCAAAUUAGUCAAGCUUUUGUUGUCUAUCAAAGUCUCCAUUAUUAAAAUCCAUGCUAGGCUGAAAACGGGAAAGGAUCCUUUCCCGUGUACUUUUCAUGGGAGGGAUUAAUGUUUGAAUCCUGACCCUUCAAUGCAUUUUUAAUUGGAUGGACAGUUUGUAACAAAAAUAAAUAUGUGGUCCAGAUUUCACUGAACUCAACUGGAUACUGGAGAGGAUCUCCUCCCGGCUGAAAACACUCAGUUUCAAGACUGGUGUGAACCUGGAUUUGGUGUAUGUUUAUUCACUGUUGUAUGACAUCAUCCAAUUUAUAUCAA